AUGAAUUGCCUCAAUCCUACUAGGAAGGAGUUAGAAGAUAAUCUUAAUGUUCAAAAUAUUAGUUAUCAUGAAAAAGUGAUUUCCAAAGCAGAUUCAAUCCUAGAAUCAAGGGAAAGAAUUGAUCUGGAAAAUGUCCGUUCUUGUGGAAAUGCAGAAUUGAAUGAAUAUCCUGAAAUUUCUUUUCAGAAAGAGGUUAUUUCAAAAAAUUCUAUGAAUUGGACUCCUAAUGUUUGGACAAAGAAGAAUAACAUUAAUGUGUCAGAACUAAAUUUCAAGAAUGACAUCACCGAUUGUGAUAAUGUAGUAAAAAUUCAUAUUCCGAAGGAACAGAAAAAUUCAGUGAAUCUCCAAAAUUCAAUUGCUAUUAAGGUUUUUGACACCAAUGUUCCAUUUCAUUUAAUCUGCUCAGAGUUGAAAAGGCAAUGGGCUCAGUUUGGAAAGUUUAACUUAACCAUUCUCGGCUUAGGAUGGGUUCUAUGUGUAUUUGAUGAAAAGAAUGCCUUGGAUUUUGUUUUAUCAAGCGGUCCAUGGUAUGUUAAAAAUAAUAUCAUAGGCAUGGACAAAUGGUCUUCCACAUUCUCACCUUCUUCUUUGAAACUGCUUACAUCUCCAGUUUGGAUCAGGUUGCCAAACCUUCCUCUCCACUGUUGGGACGAAAUCAACAUAUGCAGAAUUGCCUCCAUGGUUGGAAAAUCGUGUAUGAUUGAUGGUAACUCAUUCCAAUGGAAUAGAAGAGAAUUCGCCAGGGUUUGUGUUCGGAUAAACCUGGAUACAAAGCUUCCUUUAGGAAUUUGGGCUGAAGGAUCUUCAGGUAAAUUCUAUCAAAGAAUUGAGUAUGAAAAAAUUCCCAAUUUUUGCUUUUGCUGUGGAAGAAUUGGACAUCUUGUGGAUCAAUGUCCAGAAAAAGCUGAAGUAAGACAUUCUUCAGUUCAAAAGGCUAAUGCGCUUAUCAACAUGGAUAUUUCUCAAAAUGAAGAUAGUUUUCAGAAGAACAAUAAGGAAGAAUAUGGCCCAUGGAUUCAUGUCAAUUUCAAGAGAAAUAAAUUCAGAAAGCAAGGUCCAGUUCACAAGGCUAAUUCCCAGAACAGUGGUUGA